AGGCCAAAAAUGAGACAGAGCUGGUCAACGUGGUUGGUUUCCGCGCAGCUCUGGCCAGCCCCGUAGGGGAAUGAAGCGCAGUGGCAGUACGAGAUUUUCGAUACCGACCGGAAUUGAUUCGAUGUCACAGCUUGCGGGAAUGGGACAUGAGGUUUGAAGAAGCCGGAGCGUGCGAAGCUCACGACGCAGAGGCGAGCAGAUUGAGAGUUGGGAACGACCUCGAGCUCUAGCUCUAGCAGAGAUGGCCGAAGGGGAUGCAGAAUGGCAUUCCUCUUCCCUUUACGUUUUUUAUUUGACGCUGGGCUGGUUUGCUUUCGCCGUGUGGUCCGUUAGUUUCUACCCUCAAGUUCUUCUCAAUUAUCGACGAAAAAGUGUUACAGGGCUCACGUUCGACUUCCUGGUUUUCAAUUUCACGAAGCAUAGUAGCUAUUUGAUCUACAAUGCAUCCCUAUACUUCAGCCCGGUCGUACAACAGCAGUAUCGCGACAAGUAUGGAAAAUCAGAGCUGAUUCCAGUUGCGCCAAGUGAUGUAGCAUUUUCCAUACAUGCAGUGCUGCUCACUGCGAUCACCUUGUUUCAAGUCUGCAUCUACGAAAGGGGUCAGCAAAAAGUUUCAAAACCAGCCAUAGGUAUCACUACUGUGGCAUGGGGAUCCGCUGUGGUUCUUCUAUUUAUGGCUUGGCCAAAGGGUGACUGGUUAUGGCUUGUGUCAGGUUUCAAUAUCAUACAGCUAGUUAUGACCGCAAUCAAGUACAUCCCCCAGGCUUGGUUUAACUAUCAAAGAAAGAGUACCGUUGGCUGGAGUAUUGGGAAUAUUAUUCUGGAUUUAUCUGGCGGCACGGCAAAUAUUUUCCAAAUGGCGAUUCAGUCCAUUGAUCAAAAUUCAACGGAGAACUUCACUGGAAAUGUGGGCAAGCUGGGUUUGUCUUUGGAAUCUAUCUUUUUCGAUGUAUUAUUCGUGAUUCAACAUUACUGCCUGUAUCCGAAAAGAGAGGGAAUAACAGUUGAUGAGUACCAGGAAAUCGAGGAGGGAGAACCAGAAACUCCCGCUCAUGGACAUUAGAUUAAAUCCUUCUUGUGUUUGUACAUGUUUCUGGGAUUCUCUAAGUACUUCCGUUGAAAUUACAAGUGAUGGAAGAGCAUAUGGUUGUAUAUAAUCGCUCAUUUUUUCCUCGGAGGCAGAUGGCUUGAUGUGGUGGGUUUACCUACCGCUACUUUUACAGAACAGUGUGCGAUGAUAUAACGUCAGUGAUAUACAUGAGUCUCAUCCACUGUACCUUUCACCAUCGUUUUAUACUGAUGGGUCUAGGUCACGAAAGUUUGAUACGUAGUCAUAUAGCUUAUCUCGAGAACUUGCUCAAUUAUUGAUUGCGUCAGCAUGUCUUUGCUCCGUUGUUUGUAAUGGACCGUGGAGAAUUAUCAAGAAUUAUUUUUCUUCGUAUCUGAGCAGUUUAUUUGAUUUCAAUGGUAUACCCAG